AAAAUCUAAGAGAAGAGUCCCCAUGGGAGUCUUCUUCUCCUAUGAGUCCGGGUGGGAAACGGACUCCUAGGGCAGGCCGGCGUCGGGUGGAAGUCCUCUAUAAAAGGAACCUCUCCCCUCCAGGGCACUCAACCACGAGUUAUCCCUCUUCUUCCAUGUGGAGCUAGCUGAAUCCUAGCGUUGCGCCUGACGGAAGGAAUUUGAGGCCGGAGAAUCUCGCCGGAGCUCAGAGCGAGUAGUUGAGAAAGAAGACGAAGACGAUGGCGUCGGCAGCUGAGAUAGAGAAGAAGAUCGUUCUAAGAAGCUCAGACGGCGUGGAAUUUGAAGUGGAGGAGCCAACGGCGAGGCAGUCGAAGUUGAUCGGCAACAUGAUCGACGAUGGCUGCGCGGAGAACACGAUCCCUCUCUUCAACGUCGAUGCCAAGACCCUCGACAAGGUGAUCGAGUACUGCAGGAAGCAUGCCGGCACCACCAGUGCACUCGGCGAAUGCCAUAAUACCGACAAGGAGAUCGAGAGCUGGGAUGCUGCAUAUAUUGAUGUAGAUCAGACCAUCCUUUAUGACAUUCUUCUGGCUGCCAAUUAUCUCGAUAUCAAGGCUCUCUUGGACCUUGGAUGCGAACAAGUGGCUAACAUGAUGAAGGCGAAGAGAGCGGAGGAGAUCCGUAAGAUUUUUAAAAUUAAGAAUGACUUCACUCCAGAGGAGGAGGAAAAGAUCCAAAUGGAGUACCCGUGGGCCUUCAACUGAAAGUGUAGGCUUUCAACUCAAGAUAUCAUGCUACAUAGUAUGUGGUCAAAUGGUGACAAAAGAAAGCUAAAAAAGUUUUUAGUUCUUAUUUAAGUUGGUUUGCUGAACUAGGGUAUGUGGUGGAUAGAACCUAGAAGCUAUAGCUAACUUUCGGCAAUAGCUUGCUUUUAAGAUCUUUUUAUUAGUUUUGUUCUUUAGUUUGUUUAGCUACAUGAUCCAAACACAUGUUCCAUGAUAUGUUAAUGACUAUAAAGCUUUGAAUACUUUCAAGUAUUGAUAAAUUUGUGCUAUGAGAUACUAAUUUUAUAGUCA